AUGUCAAGGAUCUUGGAUCAGAGAAUUUUGCUGUUAGUAAUUUCAUUUUUAACAAGUCUGCAGAGUACAAAGGUACUUUCAGAAUGGAAGAAGUGUGGUGAUCGGGAAUGUGAGACGGCAAUGAGCAGAGUUCAAGCCACUACAGACUACUUAGGGCCUGAUUGCCGGUAUCUUAACUUCAAAACAGGGGAAGAAAUAAUGGUAUACUCCAAACUUUCAAGGAAAAAUGAAGACUUGUGGACAGGAAGUAAAGGAAAGGACUUUGGAUAUUUCCCAAAAGAUGCUGUGAAGGUUGAGGAAGUUUUUAUUGCAGAAGAAGUUGAAGUGCUCACUAAGGAAACUGAUUUCCUUUGUCUUCAUGGAGAUAAGUACGCUUUUGAAAGUGAAGAUAGCGCAUUACAUGAUCACAACAAAGAAAAUGAAUAUUCAUCAUCUGAUGCAGAAUCAAAGCUGCAUGAAAACGAACUCUUAAAACAUACAAGAGACUCCAUGCAAAAGGAAGAAAGAGUUGAAUCAGUUUCUGAAAAUGAUUCCAAAGAAUUUCACACUCAGGAGGAGUCUGCAAGCAAAAAGUUGGUUAGAAAAAAUGAGGACAGAAAAGAUGAUACUGAAGAGCAACAAAUGCAAACCAGUCCCCCAUUAGAACCCAUUCCGACUCAGUCUAGUUGGAUUGCAGGAUGGUUCACCGUAGGAAGUAAAAAUGAUGAAGAGCCCUUAAAAGCCAUUACCGAAUCUUUAGAAGAAAAUACAUACCGAGGCAGAAAAAUAGUAGUAACUGCUGAAAAUGAUUUACAGGAGCCAAAUGAUAAGGAGGAACAAGCACCCCCAGCAUCUGUUUGGUUUCAAGGUGGACUGACGGACUUUCUGUAUUUUAGUGAAGAGAAUGUGGAUGUUGCUUUAGCAGCAGACAAAAACGAUCCACAAAUCCAUGGUGUUUCUGGUGUGCCUGGACAUUCCAAUAAUGAACAGGAAACAGCAGCCACAGAGUUAUGGACAGAAGAAGAAAAGAGUGAAAGCCAAGAAUCCCCAUCAAAUUGGUUUAAUUUGGGUUUAAGUAAUGUUCUUAAUUUUGGCCAUGCCGAGAAAGAUACAAUUGCUAUGGAAGAUCAGCAAAGCACAGAAAGAGAGGAUGAAGCAAAUAAGAAUGAAGAAGUGCAGACAUUGUCCAUGUGUGAUUCUCUGUGGUCUAAAGAACCAAAGGAGAUGGUUAAAGCAGUGACAGGUGAAGAAGAUGAAGAGAAUUAUGCAGAAGAAAUAAUAGAUUCAAACAGCAACAUGUCAAAUCCUGGGGAGAUACCAGCAAGUGUGCAUACUGUUAAUGACACCAAAAGCACCUCAAAUAGCACAGAAUCAUCUUUUGAUAUACUAACAGGUGACAAAGAGAAGCGAAUCGAACCUUACAGUUCAGAACAAGACUUGGUAUCAGAAAGCCAACUGCUGAAAAACACCGAAGCUAAAAAGAGAAAUCAGGAGUCAGAAAGCAAACAUGGCCAGUCAGAAUCUGUAAAUUCAGAAAACGAAUUACCAAGUUAUGGGGAACUACAAGGGACUGCAGAUAAUCAUCUGGGCAUGAAGAAGACUCCAUGUGACAGUGAACAGAAUCUUACUCUGGAAACAUCUGAGAAAGGCAAACCAGUCAAAUGCUGUGAUACAGAACAAAAUUCAGCAUCGAAAAGCCGUUUCAAAAUGAAUGGUGAUGCAAAAGAUAAAAUUCACAAACCAGAGAAUAAAACCAACCCACUGGGUUUUUAUGAAAAUAACAUCAAAGAUUUCAGUCAGGAUAUUUUUAAUGAUGAACAGGAUCAUAAAUCUGAGGAGUCCCAAGAACUGACUCCAGACCAACCUUUCUCUCCUCACCCCUCAUCUAGUGACUUCAGUUUAACAGGAGUAGGCAGUAGAAGGCGGCUACUAGAAGAAACACCAGAGAAGGAACAUGAAAUGAAUGCCCCUGUAGACAGUGAACGCGACAGUGACCAACAUUCAAAAGUAACAGCAAUUCCUUCAGUAAAUUCUGAAGAAAAAAUGGAUAGUUCGGUAGUUGACUCUCCAUUUGAUGUUAAAAAGCCUUUCUCAGAUGCCAUCCAGAACUACGUUCCAAGUAAUG